AUGCAGCAAAAAGUUCAAGAUGCUGCUGCUGUGACAGGGGAAGAAACGGGUAAUGUAGCUGUGAGUGCUUCUACAGAGGUUAUUUCUCCAGGAGAAGCAGAGGGGAAUGAGGAUGUGGCACUUUUGGGGAGCUGUGAAGCUAGUAAGGAUGAGGAGAUAAUUAGUGCGCAUUCAGGUUCUGGUGUGGCUCCAGGUGCGAUGGAAGCUGGUAUGGAGGCGGUUCUAACCUCAAGUGUUCCCUAG